AUGACGUGCGGUUUACAGCGGUACGGCUCUCGACCAAAGCUGACUCAAACAGGAACGCUUGUUGUGAAAGCGAAGCAGGCCAGCUCUGGUAGCUUCAGCAGCAGCCGCCGAACUACCACACUGUCACACGCAGGCGGCCUUGCUACUAGAGCCCAACAGCCAACGAGCGCCAAGUCGCACAUCCGACCGUCCUUCCACGGGCGCGUCGCGCUCCCCGCGCUCGUCGCAGCGGCUAUCCUGGCGCUUCUAUUGGCCGAUCCCCUCCGCCUAAGCCCCGUGGCGCACCUCCCGUUCGACCCAGUCGUCAUCGACAUCGCGCCGCCGCCGCCGCGCUCCGUCAGAGACCCUCUUAAUCGGCUCGCCGAUGCUGAAAUCAUGUUCCAGGGGGAAGCGUUUGGCCCGGAGAGUCUGGCGUGGGAUGCGGAGGGCAGGGGGCCGUACGCGGGUGUGGGCGACGGGCGGGUCGUUCGCCGCACUGCCGACGGCCGCGGGUGGGAGACGUUCGCGUGGGCGUCGCCUCUGCGGACGCCCGAGCUCUGCGACACACACGCCCCUCCACGCUUCAGCAGCGGCCCUGCCACGUCGCAGGAGCUCGGACCAAUGGAAAGGAGACACGCGGCGGCAGCUGCAGUGGAGCUGCCAGCUUCGGAGAGAGUGGCGACCGCGUUCGGCGUGUUCCCCAGCGACGUGUCCCUCCUGCAGCCGCACGUCCGAACCACCGUUCAAGGCUCGGUGCCAGGCUCGGUGAAAGGUCCGGGUGGGAACCACUCUUCCUUCAGCGCACCUUCUGAGGAGCCUCAAAGGAUUGCCGCCUCUCUCGCUGCACAGGCUACCAAUCUGCAGCAAUCCCACCGAGCCCAUCCAGACCCUGCCACGGAGCACAUCUGUGGGCGACCGCUGGGGCUGCGGUUCCACCCGGUGACGGGCGAGCAGUAUUUCGCGGAUGCCUACUUUGGCGUGUUCAAGGUGGGGCGGCAGGGCGGGCUGGCGCAGCCUGUCGUGACGCGAGUGGACGGCCGCCCGCUGCUCUUCGCCAACGACCUUGAUAUUGCCGCCACCGACGAGAACGGCACGCUCUAUUUCACCGACACCAGCAGGCGCUUCCAACGCCGGGACUACUACGUGUCAAUAGUGGAGGGGCGGGCGGACGGGCGGCUGGUGCAGGUAGACCUGGCGACGGGCCGGGUGGCAGUGCUGGUGGACGGCCUUGCAUUCGCCAAUGGUGUCGCGCUCUCAAGAGACAAGUCCUUCCUCGUGUUCUGCGAAACCACCACCCUGAGGUGCCAUCGGUAUUGGCUAAGGGGUCCUAAGGCAGGGACCCAUGAAGUUUUUGUUGAGCUGCCCGGCAUGCCCGACAACGUUCGCCUGAAUCCUCGUGGCCGGUUCUGGAUAGCCGUCCAUUCGCGACGAAAGUUCCUGCUGGACAUGGUGGCUCGUAGACCUUGGCUGCGCUCCCUCUUCCUCUCACUGCCAAUCAGCAUCAGCACAGCACAUCGACUGUCUGUGGGCCGACCAAAUGGGAUUAUUGUGGAGGUGGAUGAAAAUGGCACUGUAACAGAUGUGCUAGAAGACAGGCUGGGAAGUGCUGUGCGGUCCGUGAGUGAAGUGGAAGAAAGGGAUGGGAAGCUUUGGUUGGGAUCCGUCGUGGUGCCUCACCUAAACGAUCCCACGCGAUUCUUCAAAACUAUGGUCGCAGCCGCAAUGGCCGCCACAGCAGCGGCUGUGCAGCAACUAUCUCCUUUCCGGGUUUCCUUUUUCUCGCUCGCUUUCACCUUCUUCGUAUUCCUCGUCACAGACCCGCUUCGACUUCGACCUAUAGCCUAUCUCCCCUUCCAGGCAGCACCUAUUCCCUUAUCACCGCGUCGACUACCUAUACCUUCGGACCAAGCUAAUCGUCUCGCCAAUGCUCAUAUCAGAUACGCGGGCGAGGUGUUCGGCCCGGAAAGCUUGGCGUGGGACCUCGAUGGACGAGGGCCGUACGCGGGUGUCAGCGACGGGCGAAUCGUCCGACGAUCACUUGACGACAGUGGAUGGGAAACGUUCGCACACGCGUCGCCGCACUGGUCGUCCGAACUGUGCGAUCCCGUCGCACGAGUGGAACCCUCUCCAUUCGCCUCCGCCGUCGCAUAUCUAUCUGGAGCCGUCGAGACGUCUGCCGACGCUUCCAGCAUCCAUUCCCGCCCGUCGCUUAACGGCUCGCUUAACCAUGCGAACUAUAGUGUAGGCCCGAUCAGCGGGCUUUUCCAAGAACUCGAUAGUAGAUCGGUUGGAUCCAGCAGUGUUGUCUCCGUCCCCGCAGUAGGCAGCGCGGUUAAGGGGCGAGUCGGGCCGAAGCUAGCCACGGAGCAUAUUUGUGGCCGUCCGUUGGGGUUACGGUUUCAUCCGGUAACUGGCGAGCUUUUUUUCGCGGAUGCCUAUUUCGGCAUCUUCAAGGUUGGGAAGAAGGGCGGGAAAGCUCGAGUGGUCGUGGAUCGCGUGGAGGGUCGAAAGCUGCGAUUUGCGAAUGACGUGGCUAUUGACGCGGAUGACGAAAAUGGUACAGUGUACUUCACUGAUUCGAGUACCCGCCACCAACGACGAGACUUCGUCGUGGCGACCACAGAGGGCCAAGCUGACGGCCGCCUGAUGAAAGUAGAUCUAGCUACACGUCGGGUUACCGUGUUACUUCGGAAUCUCGUCUUCCCCAACGGCCUUGCGCUUUCUGAGGACAAGUCGUUCCUUGUCUUCUGCGAAACUGUCCUUUUCAGGUGCAGCCGAUAUUGGUUGAAGGGACCCAAGGAGGGGACUCAGGAGGUGCUCGUUGACCUACCCGGCUCGCCAGACAACAUCAGACUAAACCCGCGCGGGCGAUUCUGGGUAGCCAUGCAUUCGCGGAGGCGCCCCCUUAUUGACUACUUCGCCCCACGACCAUGGCUGAGGAGUUUCGUCAUGUCGCUUCCAGUUGACAUCAAAAUCAUCUACGGUGUUAUGAUUGGGUGGCCACAUGGCCUGGUCGUGGAGGUGGAUGGUGAUGGACGAAUUACUGACGUUCUGGAGGAUCACAUGGGACGCGCUGUCAAGGCUGUGAGUGAAGUGGAGGAGCGGAAUGUCUCCCUCUCGAUGGCGUCUCGCGCGGCCUUCGUUGCCAAGGCCAGUGACGCUCUCAAGCUGGGAAGCCCAGUUGCUGUGCAGAGCACUCCCUUCCUGCCUCUCCGAUCUCGCACCCACAACCUGAGGAAGCCGUCCAUCGGCUUGAAGUCCCAGGCGUGCCGGCUAGUGAAGACAUCAGCCGCGGUCGCAGCUCCUGUCUCUAACCCCCUCUCUGAUCCUCGAGAGAGGGAGAGACUGGCGGAAGAGUAUGGCUUCAGACAAAUCGGCGAGCCCAUGCCUGACGACAUCACGCUGAAGCAAGUUAUCGAUACAAUCCCGGCCGAGGCGUUCGAGAUCAACGAGUGGAAGGCAUGGAAGACCGUCUUCCUAUCAAUUGCCGCGAUGGCGCUGGGAGAAGUUUUCAUCUACUACUCGCCGUGGUACCUUCUACCAUUUGCAUGGGCCUGGGCUGGCACUGCGUUCACCGGGUUCUUCGUUGUGGGCCAUGACUGCGCGCACAAGUCCUUCUCGAAGAACAAGCUGCUGGAGGACAUCGUGGGGACCGUCAUGAUGGCGCCGCUCAUCUACCCGUACGAGCCCUGGAGAUUCAAGCACGACCGCCACCACGCCAAGACCAACAUGCUGGUUGAGGACACGGCGUGGCAUCCCAUGAUUCCGGGCAUGUACAAGCGGAUGAGCCCCACUGCCCGCGUGCUCAUGCAGACCUUCAUGGGCCCCUUCCGAUUCCUCGCGUCCAUCGGUCACUGGCUGGUGUACCACUUCGACCUCGAGAAGUUCAGGCCGAGCGAGUUGCCACGUGUCAAGGUGUCACUCGCUGCUGUCGGUGCCUUCGCGGUGAUUGGCUUUCCUCUUAUCAUUGCUAACUUUGGCAUCGACGGCUGGUUCAAGAUGUGGCUCAUGCCGUGGCUCGGCUUCCACUUCUGGAUGAGCACCUUCACCAUGGUGCACCACACUGCUCCUCACAUCCCCUUCAAGAAGCAAUCCGAGUGGAAUGCCGCUCAGGCUCAACUCGGCGGCACUGUGCACUGCGACUACCCAUCCUGGAUUGAGAUUCUGUGCCACGACAUCAACGUGCACAUCCCUCACCAUGUGUCCCAGAAGAUCCCCUCCUACAACCUGCGGCUGGCCAAUGAUGCUCUGAGGAAGCACUGGGGCAAGUACAUGAACGAGGCGACAUGGAACUGGAGGCUGAUGAAGAACAUCUUUGUGGAGUGCCAUGUAUUCGACAAGGAGAAGAACUAUGUUCCCUUCGAUGCUCUUGAGAAAAGCGAGUCUCCAAUCCUUGCCGCAACCAGGAAACUCAUGCCCAACACCUACACCAAGGGGCAGUGA